GGAUUAGAGGGCUCCCUCCACCUCCUCCAAUGGAAAUGAGACAGAGGCGGGCCCAGUGGCGAAAGGACCAUGGCGUGGACACAGCUGAAAAAGCGGGCCCAGGAUGCCCUGGUCAUCCUGGGAGGCGGAGGACUUCUCUUUGCCUCCUACUUGACGGCCAUGGGGGAUGAGCACUUCUAUGCUGAACACUUGAUGCCAACUCUGCAGGGACUGCUGGACCCUGAGUCUGCUCACAGGCUGGCUGUUCGUGUCACCUCCCUAGGGCUCCUUCCUCGUGCCACAUUUCAAGACUCCGACAUGCUGGAAGUGCGAGUCCUAGGCCAUAAGUUCCGAAAUCCGGUAGGAAUCGCUGCAGGAUUUGACAAGCAUGGGGAGGCUGUGGAUGGACUUUACAAGAUGGGCUUUGGUUUUGUUGAGAUAGGCAGUGUUACCCCAAAACCUCAGGAAGGAAACCCCAGGCCUAGAGUCUUCCGCCUCCCCGAGGACCAAGCCGUCAUUAACAGAUACGGAUUUAACAGUCAUGGGCUUUCAGUGGUGGAACAUAGGUUACGGGCCCGGCAGCAGACGCAGGCCAGGCUCACAGAAGGUGGGUUGCCACUGGGGAUAAACCUGGGGAAGAAUAAGACAUCAGUGGAUGCAGCCUCGGACUACGCAGAGGGUGUUCGAGUCCUGGGCCCCUUGGCUGACUACCUGGUAGUGAAUGUGUCCAGUCCCAACACCGCAGGGCUACGGAACCUUCAGGGAAAGGCUGAACUGCGCCACCUGCUGACCAAGGUGCUGCAGGAGAGGGAUGCUCUGAAGGGAUCGCACAAGCCAGCCCUGCUGGUGAAGAUUGCUCCCGACCUCACAGCCCAGGACAAGGAGGAUAUCGCCAGUGUGGUGAGAGAGUUGGGCAUCGAUGGACUGAUUGUCACGAAUACCACAGUGAGUCGCCCUGCCAGCCUCCAGGGUGCCCUGCGCUCUGAAACAGGAGGGCUGAGUGGGAAGCCCCUCCGGGACUUAUCAACGCAAACCAUCCGGGAGAUGUAUGCACUCACCCAAGGCAAAGUUCCCAUCAUCGGGGUUGGUGGUGUGAGCAGCGGACAGGACGCACUGGAGAAGAUCCGGGCUGGGGCCUGCCUGGUGCAGCUGUACACGGCCCUCACCUACAGGGGUCCACCUGUCGUGGGCAGAGUCAAGCGGGAGCUGGUGGCCCUUUUGAAGGAGCAGGGUUUCCCUCGAGUCACAGAUGCCAUUGGAGCAGAUCAUCGGAGGUGAGGAUGUUGUUGGGAGCCCUGGUCUGGAACCUUCCCACUACAGCCGGCGAGCCUUUGUGGCUGGACCAAGAGAGGGAGGGCUGUUGCCAGCCACGUCCAGACUAUGAGAGGCCUUCCUCUGAGCCAGGCCGGACUGUGGAAGCCCCUCAUGAGGGUCACCAGAAUCAACACAAGCCUUUCUUCAGUCAUUUGUCAGGCCAUGAACUGCAUUCGAGACAUUUUCUGGACUCAAAUUCCAGGAUCCUUUAACACUGCAAGGACAUUAGCUAUUUGGGGGGGAAAUUAUGGAAAAAAUAAAGCUUUUUAAAA